AUGGCCGAUUUAGAUAUUAUGUAUAUUGAUGAAGCAUGGUAUGGAGAUGGCGCUAAUCACAGAGUUGACAAUUAUAACCCAUUUGCUUUACACUUUUAUGGAAUGAUCUAUUACUUUGUAAUGCAUGAGAGAGAUCCAGAAAGAAGCAAUAAAUAUAAGGAAAGAGCAUUUUUGUUUGCAAAACAAUUUAUGCAUUGGUUUAGUGAUGAUGGCGCAUGUAUUCCAUUUGGUAGGUCUUGUGUAUAUAGAUUUGCUAUUGAUGGAUUCUGGGCUAUGCUAGCUUGUGUAACUAAAAUCGAUGAAACCCCAGUUAUUCCAUGGGGUUUGAUGAAAGGAAUAUACCUAAGGAAUUUACGUUGGUGGUCCAAGCAGCCUGUCUCGAUCUUCAAGACUAAUAUUUUAUCUGUUGGUUUUAGUUAUCCCAAUCAAUUUAUGUGCGAAAGUUAUAAUUCAUCGCAAUCUCGAUACUGGUCACUUAAAGCAUUUGCUUCAUUAAUGUAA